AUGAGCCGGCGCACAUGGGCCGCGUUAUGCUCCUCUGGAGCUGAACUUCUCCCACUACUUUCCUCCAACCCCGUCAUGAUAUUCCCCGGAGACAACGUCUUUACCGCGGCAUCGUCUCCAACACUAGAACAGAUGCUCACAAACGCAUCUUACAAGCCCUGGAAGAACUACACACUUAGCCACGACGAGGUUAUCCCACUCGGCGAAUCGAGUGCAUUGAUCUAUUACCGCGUGGAGGCCACCAGAGAUGAUGCAACUUUCCGAGCAAUUUGCUCGAGUGUUUGGUUGAGGGAAGGAGAUAGCGCCCAGGAUUGGAAGAUGGUCAGCCAUCAACAGACUCUUUUCUAA